AUGCUACCCCUCAUCAACAUGCUUUCUAGUCCCAAGAGUCGCCUUCAGCUUAUUGGUGAGGCACCGACCGCUUUCAAGAGAAUCAAGGCCGCCCUUACUGACGCUACCCUGCUUACGCAUCUCGCUCCCGAAGUUCAAAUGUCUUUGAUAGUAGACUGUAAGACCGCAGACAAUCGGAAUUUCAUCUUAUUCACAGAUCAUACGCCGUUGACCCUUGUUCUUCGAUCUCACUCUGGCACGUACAAUCUGAGCAAGAUUGCCCACCUGGAUUACAUCUCGCAGUUCACCACCGAUAUCCGCCACACUGAAGGCACGAAGAAUGAGUUGGUCGACAUGCUGUUUAGACCUCCCACUUCUGCAUUCCAAUUCUCACAUGAGGUCAUCCUUGGUGCUAUGGCGGCUGAGCAAAUAUGA